AUGGAAUGGAUAACCGCGGGGAGGAUUCUAAGCUGGACUGAGUUUUAUGGGAAUUCGUCGAAUCUGGCGUUUCUUGGGAAUUUAUAUGCGCGCGCACGAAAGCACAGGGCUCCACAUGUCUCUGGGGAUGGGUAUUUCUAUGGUGAUUUCCAGUCAACGGCUGGUCCAUCGCAGGCAUACGCAGAGGAUAGAAACAAAGACAGUACGAAAGCUACGGACAGGACGCAGCUAUCAAUCGUUAACUUGUUGUACAACCCGAGUUACCCAAGCAAUUCGUCUUCACAGUCACCAUGGGAAUCUGAAAAAGACAAGGAUAAGACCGUGCAGACGGAUAACCCAGAAACACCAUCAAACAACAUAAUCCUAGGCAGCGGAAUAGCACCAGUAAACCAACUCGCAAACGAAUCCCAGCUCGAAAUCGAAAAGACAUUCAUCAGCAGUUACUUCUCGAACAAACACUACAUCCACCCCAUGCUCUGCAAAUCGUCAUUCCUCCGCCGCUGCGAACGCGAAGCAUUCAAUCUCUCUAGACGAAAGUCGUUUGCUUGUGGAUCCUCCAACUUCGCAGGCUUAUACUUUGCGGUUGUCGCCUUGGGCGCUAUAAAUGCAAGUCCUGACGAGACGUCGCUGCUGGACCAUUACUGCACAUAUUCGCCAGAUCCCAGGAGGCCGGGGACAGGGAGCGUGGGCGGUUAUUCGGCGUUAGAUUUUGCGAACUUCUACUUUGGGGCUGCGAAGAGGGCGCUGGGGGAUGUGUCUGAGAGUUGUUCGUUGGAGAGUGCGCAGGCGCUUAUGCUUUUGGUAUGUCUCCGUUUAUGGUGGUUUGUAGGGUUAUGCUGA